CUCCUGUCACAAUGACAUUUACUUUGACAGUGGAGUAGUCGCACUAAUCGAUAAACUAAAAAAUAAAAAUAUUCCGUACAUGCGUACGAUAAUUGUUGAUAUUAUGCUCUCUCUGAAUCAAUAACUGUUAUUAGUCGUCAAAAAUAUCUUAAGUGCGUGUUUGGUUUCGUAGUUAGCUUUGUCUAUAAUGUCUCACAAGGAGGACGAAGACUCAUUUCAAGAGGACGACGUUUAUAUCAAUCCAGAAGAUGGAAUGCCAAACGUUCACCCUAACAUUGCAAAUUUAGAGCAAGAGAGUGAUGUGCAGGAUGAAGUCGAUGGUUUCGACGACCUGCCAAAGUCCGUGAUCGUCACCAACAUACACAGUGACGUGUUCGGUGAUGAGAAACUAAAGAAAGGAAUGGAAGAUUUAUUCCGAACCUUUUCAGAUAAUAUAACAUUUCAAUGGCUCCGCAGUUUUAAACGUUUGCGAGUGAACUACGACAGUCCCCUGGCAGCAGCAAAUGCUCGCGUGCAACUGCAUCAGUAUCAAUUUCAUAACUCGAGCAUCAACUGUUACUUUGCGCAGCCGGUGACGCCUGUUUCGUUUAAGAAUCUGAGACCUCCAGCUCCCGUCAAGCAGUUUCUGAUCUCACCUCCAUCCAGUCCUCCAGUGGGCUGGGAACCACGUGAAGAAAAUGAACCUUUAGUUAAUCAUGACCUAUUGGCAGCACUGGCAAGUCUGGCACCAGGAGAGAGCCAUGAACUUCAUGCACCAACACCUACACAGCCUGCUAUUAUUGUGCAUACUGCUAUGACAUCUGAGCAAACUCCUAUUGUAGCAAAGAUACCUCAUACUCGUUGUCCAGAUUAUUGAUACAGAUGCCUUUUGAAUGAAUCUAGUGACUUUAUGAAUUAGAGUAGUAAACAUGAAUGCUUUUUAUUCAAUUGCGUGUCAAUUUUUAUGACACGUCAAGCCAAAGGCAUGACACCCGUCUUAAAGUGUUGGCUACAAAAUUAAAGCUCUAGUGAAAUGAGCUUUUGUUUGUUAACAAUGUUAGACUAAUAGUAGUUUUGCUUGUUGAAAUGGAUAUUUAUUUAACAGAAAUUACACAUAAUUAAAUUGGUGCUAUGUUUUAUCAAAGUUUUUAUUAAGAUUAUUGAAUACUAAAAUUGCUUAUUAACAAUUUAGUUACACAAAUCAUUGUCAUUACAGAUAAUUGAAAUAAUAGUUCUGAUGGUGGUGACAACAAACAAGAAAUGAUUAUUAUGUUAUAUACAGUUUACAAAAUGAGAAGUAUUUACUGACAAUUGUUGAAAACAUAUCAGAAAAGCAAGCCUUCCAAAUAUUAACCCCAUUAAUGUAAGGUUGCUCAAAGAAUUAUGUUGUAUUUCAAUAUUGAUUCACUCAUUCAUUUCAUCUUUUCAAUAGUCUGGACACACUUGUUCCUGUAUUCUUAAAAAGUAAGUCUAUGGAAUCUCCCUUAAAGGUUUCUUGAUUUCAAAAUUGUUAGUAUAAUUUUCUAUUAGAGCCACCUGGUUGCUUUGUUUUCUCAAGACAAAUACCAUGAGAUCUCAUCUGCUUACAUUUAAGCACCUUUGAUUGUAGAAUUGAUUCAUGCUUAACUCAUUCAUGAGUUAAUGUAGUUCAUUACUAACUGUAUUGUUACUUACCUUAAAUUUUAGUUAUAUUUUUUAAACUUUAUCUCUUACCUUGGCUUCAAAUUUACUAAAGUUGUAUUUAUAAAAAUUAAUAGUGUUAGAAUUUUGUGAUAAUAUAUCUAAAUAAAUGUUAAAUUUGUCAUUCAAGGGUGGGUACAUUUGCCUAAGGAAAUAUUUGGAUGGUUCAAUGCAAAAAAGAGUUCUAAAUUCAAAAUGGUUAAUCAAACUCAGUGGAUAUAAGUUAUAUUAUUAUAAAUUUGCAAAUUACAUAAUUUGUUUUGCAAGUUUGCAAGCUUGGCAGUACCUACUACAUAAUUUUGCGUUAUUGCACCUCUAACCUAUCUUCAUGGACUACACAGAAUUGGUAACUUAACAUUCUUUCUUAAAUCAAGUUUAUAACUAAGUCUAGUUAAACCUUCACUAUUUCAGCAUAAGCUAAUAUUACGGUUAUUCUCAAGUCUAAAAGGCCGACUUAGUCAAAUCGUUAAAAACUAGACAAUUUACAAGUCUGUACCAGUCAGAUCAUGUUAAGAACUUCUUCAAAUAAAAAUGUUCCGUCAUGUGAACGUAUUGAUAACAUAUCUUCACUAAUUAAUUUAUCGUCGCCUUGAUCGUAAUCGAAAAAAAUAUUAAAGACAAACAAAGUUAUAAUAAACAAGUUUAUUCAAAUUUACAAUUAAUUGCUAAAGCAUUGAAUCAUUCAAAUAAUCAAUAAUUUUAGAAAAACAAAUUACCUUUUUCAAAAUAUGUACCUAUUAAUAGAAUUAAUAUUGUUGUAGUUUUUAUAAACAUUUUACAAGUAUAGAGACUUGGCAAGCUUUUGGGAUGUUGUAUCGCUAAAGAUGCAAUCGUAAAGUUCCUUUGUUAUUUUUAGAUCUAUUUAUUUAAAAAGAAAUGGUAAAUUGGCACUGCACAGGCACUAUUUGCAAAGGCCACAUGAUAUUAGAGAAGAAUUUAAAUGAACCAUCUAACGCAUUUUCUAGUUUUACGUACUUACCUAAGUUUAGGUAAGGCAAUUAGAAGUAGCAGCAAAAUGUAGAUUAAACUAAUAAAAAAGACGUGAAGUUAAUUCAUCGUCAGCGUUGCGAAUUAUCUCAUUUUGACUAAGGAUAUAAAUAAGGGUAUCUGUUUGAUAUUGAAGCGUUGAACAAAAUACUUAUUUUCGAUAUGUUAUGUGUAUUCCUGUUUGGCCAAUGUGUUACGAAACAGUUCCUGGGCCGGCCAAAUCAAAAACUUACCGAACCUAGUGUUGGAACUUGGACUUGUCCAUUGUCUAUCUACUUGUCAUUACUCUGAAAGUACUUAAUCAUUAACAAUAGUUAAUUUUCUUGAUCUGAUUCCAAAAGUAUCUUUUUUUAUCUUGGUUUAUUGCUUCUACUAUCAUUACGUUGUUGUGAUAAGUGCUGAAUAUAAUUUAUUCUUACUUUUAUAACUCUCUCUCUUUAGUGUCGAAAAUCGCCUUUCUCCAUAUGCCCUAUGCGUAUAAAAUUCGUAUAAUCUCUAUAUUUUUUGUCACAUCUACGUUGUAAACCGUGAACAAUGUUAUCUGGCUGUGUUAUAAUUAACAAUGUAUUAAAUCUCUUAACUUAUUUUCUGAAAAUUGAAAUUAAUAUUGUUGUUAUUCAAAUUUGUGACGAAAAGUAACGGAAUGACCAAUUUAUAUACAGAUUCGUUAUCUCUGUGAAGAUGAUAUUUUUUGUUAAAUAUUUGUUAUACAUUUGUUGAACUACCGACGACGUUAAAUUAAACUUUAGCAGCUAUCUAGUGAAGUCCAUGUUAUAUUGGUUUUAUAGCUGAUUCUUAAAUCGUGAAGUAUGGGCCGUUGAUCAUUCCAAGUAUGCUUUUAGCUUUAGUUUUAGUGUUCCACGAAAUAAAGACAACGGCUCACGAGAUAAUUACCGCAUCAAUAUGAAGAAGUCAUUUUAGACAAACUCAUUCAGGACUACGAUUACUUCACGUUAAAAGAAUCAGCUGUGCAAUCUAAAACGAUAUUUAUAAUUGGCUAAAUUGUAUGGCGCACUUAGUGUCGAAUGCAAAACAAUUUGUGUAGUCUUUGUUUCAACCAGAUUUGAUAAAAGCAAGCCGACCAAAGAGAAUUUUACAGUAUAAUAAUGUUAUCGUUGUGGGAUUUUGUCUCUUUGUACUUAAUAAUCUGGCACCAUCUCUGUGUCUCAUCUAGUAAGUACUCUUUUAAUGUUCUAUGUGUACCUCUCCUUGUACAGUUCAAUGUAAAAGGGUUUUUGCCCACUCGUCGAUCAUUAAUGUUUACUGCUUAUCUUCUAUAUGUUCAUUGUUCAUGCAUCGAUGUAUCAACUAUUGAUGUUUUUAAUCUCACUGUGAUUUCAUUAUUGUUUUGGUGUAAAUAUAAAAUUAUAUUGAGUUUUA